AUGCCUGAGUUGGUUUCAGACUUCCAAGGUGCGUUUAUUCAUGAAAAACAAAUUCUAGAUGGUGUACUCAUUGCUAAUGAGUGUGUGGAUAGCAGGUUGAAGGCUAAGAAAGCGGGUAUUUUGUGCAAGAUUGAUAUGAAUAAGGCUUUUGACAAUGUCAAUUGCUCUACUGAGAAGUUAAAACCCAGUAAGGAGUUGAGACAAGGAGACUCAUUAUCUCCGUAUCUCUUCUUAUUAGUAGUUGAAAUUCUCUCGAAACUAAUCAAUGAUGCAGUGUCAAGGGGUCAGUUAACUGGCUUUCAAGUUGUUGAACAUGGAACUAUGAUCUCACAUUUGCAAUUUGCAGAUGACACCUUAAUCUUUAUUGAUGCUAGUGUAGAGGAAGUUAGAUGA